CGCUUUCCGCCACGCCCGCGAAAACCCUACCUCCGGAGGCAACGCCGGGCGAGAUGAAGGGCGGCGGCGAUAUCGAGGCGGGCACCGCGGCACCGAAGGGGACGACGGAGAGCCCCGAGCUGCGCUGGGCGCUCAUCCGGAAGAUCUACGUCGUCCUCUGCCUGCAGCUGCUCCUCACCGCCGCCGUCGCGGUCGUCUUCGUCAAAGUCAGCAGCAUCCCGCGUUUCUUCGUCUCCUCCUACGCCGGCCUCGGGCUGUACGUCUUCAUCCUCGUCUUCCCCUUCGUCGUGCUGUGCCCGCUGCACAUCUACCGCCAGAAGCACCCAAUCAACUUGCUGCUUCUUGGCGUCUUCACAGUGGCCAUCAGCUUCUCUGUGGGCUUGACAUGUGCCUUUACCAGUGGCAAGGUCAUUUUGCAGGCUGGGAUUCUUACAAUUGUGGUUGUCUUGAGCCUCACUGCUUACACCUUCUGGGCUGCAAGGAGGGGCAAGGACUUUAGCUUCCUUGGUCCUUUCCUAUUUGCUUCUCUGAUGAUUUUGCUCGUCUUUGCUUUCAUUCAGAUCUUCUUCCCGCUGGGCAAGCUCUCUCACAUGAUCUAUGGCACGCUGGCGGCACUCAUCUUCAGUGGCUACAUUGUCUAUGACACGGGCAGCAUCAUCAAGCGUUACAAGUAUGACGAGUAUGUCUGGGCUGCCGUCACGCUCUACCUUGACAUCAUCAAUCUGUUCCUGGGCCUGCUGACUCUGUUUAGGGCGUGUGACAACUAGGCACGUCUCCCUGCCCCUGCUCUCUCGUGCUUCAAAUCCUGUCGACGAAUUUGGUAUCCUGAUGAGUCUUUGACAUGAAGAAUUGUAUAGUCUGGUCUGUCUCGCUGGCACGGUGAAAAUGUUGCUUACUUUAGUUGAGUUGAUCCCUAGUAGAGAGAAAACGUAAGAAAACCGUGCGCCGGUUCUAUCCUAUGGAUGGUGGAUGUGAUGUUGUCUUUAGAUGUGCUGGAUUGGUCGAUUGGUGGUGCUGGGUUUAUUUAGCUGGGUCUUUGACAUGCUGGAUUGGUGGUGCUGGGUUUCUGAUAUCAUUUAUGUAGCUGCGUGGCUUCAGGACGAGGGCGAUAUUGUUUCCUAGCACAUAUGAAUUGGUCUCUUGGCCCGUUUUGUGGAUGGUGUUACUCGUGGACUAUAUAUGAAA